AAACAAGACUGGCUAAUGCGCAAAUGUGAUCCCCAAAUGAACACGCCAUUCAGUCAAUCAUUCAUUAAUAAAGGUGGAACCGUUCAGUUACGCAAAUACACGCCCCAUUGAAGCCAGUGCUAAGUAGCGGUGCCCGCCUCUGGUUCAGGUUCUGGGCUAGGACAGUACAUGGGCAGGGUUGUGCGUCCGUCCGACGAUAACGCACCAUCCCACUACCUACGGACGGUUCGUUGACCCGUGGGAUAGAAGCAGGACAGGCGCCAUCAAACAAUCAGGGCAGAAGCCCCAGAAGCGCAUCUCUUUGAGGAUCCCCAGACCAUUUCUUUUGACCAUUCACGUGCUUCUGCUUCUGCUCCGGAUGCGGUCAUGAGUCAGUGGCCAUUGACUACGAGGGAUAUUGGGCACCACCCUGUUCAUGCCCAAGAAUCUGUGUUACCCUCACCUAGUGCUCCGCCCAAUGAUCAACCCAAUGAUCAACCCAAUGCUCCACCGUUGGUGCCCACCUGUCCGAGUUUGGCCGCUGCCUCGGCUACCUCCGCUCCCUCUUCGUACCCGCCAGACGCGAGUGACGCGAGUGACGCGCCCAGCGCGCCGCCAGCCAGGCCCACCCUGUCGGACCCGCCUCAGAGUCCCGAUUCGGCCUCCAGCCUCAACGCCGUGGCACUUGAGCUCGAGGUCCAGCCGGGCAGCCACUACUACGAAAACGGUUUCUUGGUUUGGUAUGACACUUUCGUUCGGGAAUUUUUGCUCGCCGAACGAGCCGGACAUGCACCCGGUCUCGACCCCGCCCUCCAAGCUCACGCCACGCGAGUGGAGCAACACGCCGCUCACCUCCGACAAGCUCAGGUUCGUUGGCAAACCCUCUUGACGGCUGAAACCAACCUUUGGUCGGCCAGUCAAUCUAGCGUCACCGGAUCGGGUCCUUGUGUGGAUGGACGUUCGGUCAAUGUGCAUCACGUUUAUGACCAGGUGGCCUGGAGUGGCUAUCCCGGACUAAACCGUUGGCGUGCAGCGGCUCGCGAAUGGCGUUCCACUCUGGAAGAAGACGCUCUUUUGGCUCGUUUUCACGUGUCGGCCGGGUAUCGGCUUCUGGCUCAGCAAUUCGGUGCAUUAGCCCGCCCUAAUCCAGCUAGGAAUGGACCCUCGAAUUUAGCCGAAGUGCGAAUGGCCGUGUCGGCCUUGUUUCGAGCCAUUCGCGUCCUUCCCUCGUGCCGCAGCCACGCUCACCAUGAUUUGGUGUCCUGGCUGCGAGUGCUCAUUGGCCAACGACUUCAAACGUCCAACCAUUUAACAGACACCCUCUUUGUCCUUAAUCACUUGCUCAGGUGUCCAAAAGGCGUAGGUCUAUGGGGUCCAUGUUUGAUUUCCCUUCCCAUACCGCGACUUGCGGCUAAUGGUGGAUGCAGCCAAGAUGACAUUCCUCUGUUUGAUUUACAAGUGACCGUCUUAUUUACUCUGUGCACUCCGACUGAAGGUCGAAGGGAUUUCGUUCGCCCCACUCCCACCAUUCGAUCCAAGCCCGAAACUGCGUGCUCGUCCAGUACUGCAUCCUAUUUCGAGGAAGAGUCUUGGUCCGUAUUGAACUGGCAAGGAUGUGAUGUCUCGGACCCCGAAGGAAAACAUCUGGAUGAAGCGGAUUUGUUGCCAUUUUUUAAUCAAUUGCACAUUCCGGCAUGUUUAGAGUUUUGUUGCCAACUAUCACUUGCAAAUUCGAGUGCCCCUUGGAGCGGAACUUUAAGAUCUUUGGCCAUGAUCCAAUCGCUGUUAGGCGUGCUAAGAAACGCCUUAAUAACGUUCCAUGAAAAAGCUUUCGAUUUCGUGCUCAUGCGCAUUUGUGAAUACAUGGAGCAUACCUUGUGGACUCUCAUAGAUCUGGAGAUAAUUAGCCGCAAAACGCUCACCCAUGGACAAGUACAACAUGUUCAGCUGGAGUGUGUAUCUUUCUUCUCCGAGAGUCUGACUAGCGUGAUAGACUCUGGAAAUCCAAUUUGUUUCCAACGGUUCUCGUAUCUUCCACUUGAUCACCUCCCAUCUAACUCAUUGCCUCAAGUGAUGUUAAUUUUUUAUGGACAAACGAAUUUGAGUGUCGAAGAGCCGUCCAUUGAUCUACCCGUGUCUGUGGAGUUGCCGUCGCUGGUUGCAAGACUCAAAAGUUUGAAUCAAGAAAAUCGUCAUCAUUUGUUUACAGCCAUGACUACUGUACUGAAAAAUGCUGAUCACACAGUGUCAUUGCAAUCCUACUUGGCAGAUUUCGUGGUGUUGGGAUACGUGACUUCAGGGUCCUUCGAGCGAUACCCUGAAUUAUGCACACCAGCUUUGUCUGUUUUAGCUCAUGAGCAUCCUGGUGUGAUAUCCCACAUUCUAACUUGGCUGCCAUCUCUUGGAAAAGAUAUUGAUUGUCAAAAGGAUGUGGUUGAUAUGCUCCACAAACUUCCCAUUGAGAAUUGGAUUCCUCAAGGGGAGGAUGUUAACCUUCUUUGUGAGCGAUUAUUAAAUCAAAUUCACGACCCCGUUCAACAAGAAUGGACUAAAACAAUUUUGGAUAGAAUUCCAUGGAGCAGCGCUCUUCUUGACAAAGCAAGUAGAGAAAAAGUGGCUUUGAUCGUUGUGGAAGUGGUUCGUCGCUUGUCUGAGGAAUCUUCAGUCACAUGGAACGCCGCCAUUUGGUCCAACCCGACCGAAACCAGUUUCUUGAGCUGGGCAUGGCAGAUUUUACCCAAAUUGAAACUCCACUUACAAGAGCAACCUAAAAGAAGGAUACAGAGAGAAGAUGUUCAGUGGGGUGACUAUGAUCAAGAAGCUAGAUUUCACCAUUUACGAACUCAAGUGAAUCAAAACAAUCCAGUGGCUGCCUUCGUGACAUUGCAAUCGACUCAACUGGGACAUUCCGUUCCCGAAAUAUGUGAGCGAGGCUGGAAAGUGCUCAAGAUCACGCUUCAAAGAGCUCCCGUCGAAGCUGUUCUCCUCUGUUUGUUUGACAUGAUCAAAAUGUUUUUGGCUUGUCCUGCUGAUCUAGUCAAUAACGAAGACUUUCAAACCAUUUUAACCAGUCUUCUAGUAGGAGAUCACGGACUGAUUCAAUCGGCGAGGGAAAUCACUGGGUUUGAUUCGAAAUCAUCCGUUGCCUCGAUCAUGCGAGAGUGGAUCUUGCUUGACUUACGAAACAGAAAAAGGAAUGAGGUUGAUGUUCUGAGUUGGAUAGAAAUAUGGUUGCUCAUUCUAACAAGUAUUGCUGAUUGGCACACCAACCGCAUUAUUCUUCAAGUCUUGAACGCUAUUGUUGAAUCGGUUUUUCAACAAGAGAGACCAAGGCGUCACGUGGUUGCCCAUUUUGCUUUUGAUUUCAAGGUCAAGGUCGAGUCAGAAGAUAGGGGUGCCAAGAUUGAAGGCUUCACCAGUUGGAUACAAAGGUCUUGUUCUCCUUUCACUUUCAUGAGUGAGGUUGGCUUUGAAUUCCCGUGGCUGGCUUGCUGUUUAAUUCUCGCCGAAGAAUGCCAUCCAACCUUUGUACAAUUCUGUGAUCAAGUCGUGCGUCACUUGGACCAUUCUGAAGCAUCAGUGGAUGAGGCUGUACGAAUCGCUCAAGAGGCCGGGAUCGAGCCCGAUUUGAAUUGGACCACAAACGAGCUCCCCAUCUACCGAUGGUCCAAACUUUUCCUUGCCAUCCCUGAGAAGGACCUUGCUGUGGCUGUGAUAGCAUUCCAGAUGUUUUCAAGUUCAUUCUUUGUGAAAACCAAGUUCAAGGAAAGUUCUAGUUGGAUGUUUGUGGGGCCGACUUUCUUCAGUGGUUUCGUGAACCGGCGAUAUUUCGAAAAGAUUAAAUCGAAAUUGAUGUUCUGCGAAACGCAGGUAAUAAAACUGGAGUCCAAACAGUUAUUCCAAGCCUUUCUCCAUUGGAUAAGCAAUCCAGAAUUACUUGACCCCAAAGUUCAUAUACCAAGCUUACCAAAGAACCUCUUGCCCGGUUAUCUUAAUCAAAUUGUGGAUCAAAAUGAGCAUUGCGACAAGAAUACGAUACUGUGGAUGGAUCUCGUGUCCCUAAUGUUGGUGGAAACGAAUUCCAAAGAAAUGUCACCAGAAAAGAAACCAUGUCCUCAAAUCGCGAGUUUCCUUGAGCUCAAAUCUCGAAGACCAGACGUUCAGAAGAUUGAAAUGAAGCCAUCAGUCAAAAAGGGACCAAUGGACAGUCUUGACGAACACAUGGCUCACCUCUCGGUUGUUGACGAAAACAUUUCUCCCUUCCAAGUUCGAGAAAUCUUGGACUCUUUCAGUCGAGAAUUGACUGCAUUUGUCGAGCACUGGAAUGUGUUGAGCGACGAUUUACAACUUCAGUUAACCCGCCGAUCCGACCUUCUUGCCCAUUUGUUCAAACAGGAGCAAAAAACCGUCACCUUAAGCGCCUCUUGUCCCACCAGUUUCGGCCUAAAAGGACCUAAGUAUUGUUCAGGGCCAGCUCAAGUGCGUUUGCAAUUCGAUCAGUGGGUCCAACAAGACAAUGUUAAGCAACAGCUCUGUGAUAACCUUCAACUGGUGGCUCGACUGGGGCAAGACCUGGAGCAGCGUGUCCUAAAUCGAUCGCUAAUUGCCACUAUGACAAACAUUCAAGCUUUGGUCAAUUUGCUUACAUCAAAGACGAGACUCAUGAAGGAAGGCGAAGAAAAAGGUUUUACUCUGGGCUUGGAAGUGAUCCAGCGUUUGGUGUCCAUUUUGACAGAGGACUGGUGUCGCUUGCCGCUGGUGAAGCAUUUCUUCUCCACCCAACUCGAGUCAUUGGCCGAGUCGUUUUUGUCCAAUGUGCCAAGUCAGUGUCUGACCCUUGUGAACUACUUGGCUGAGAAACCAUUCCUUAUGAGCUUUUUGAGCUCUUGCUUCACUCCAAAUGUUGUCAAGUCUGCCGACUUUAUUACCAUGUACUCGAAAAUAGUUCUCAUUGAAAAUGAAGAGCAUGCUUUCGUCCUUUUGUCCAAGAUUUCGAUAUUGGAUUGGUAUGACAAUGUGAAUCCUUCGCUGGAAUUCCGCUCCGACUUGAUUCGUAUUAUUGGAGAUGCCAUCCGACAAGAGAUGCGCACUUUGGAAUCGAAUCCAUCACCAACAUCCCAAUCAAGCUGUUCGUUUGGGUCACUUUUGCUCGCCAAGCACGAGCAAAAUCUUCACCAGCUUGGACGGGUCGAAUUCCCUAAUCAUUACUUUCAAAUACUCAGCCUCUUGCUAGAUUUCAGGCAAAAUCAAAAUGUUAAGAUUUGGUUCGACUUUCUGCAUUUGCAAAUUCCUCCAGAAGCGACAAACUGCAAGCCUUUACACCUCAACUCACAUCCUAGAGAUAUUCAAGAUUACCUGAAAUCGUGCCGUCAUUUCAUGGCUAAAUUUGUGCAUUACACGGAAAGAAAGGAGAUUGAUCUUUGCAUUUUGAAAUUGCGCGACUUCUUUGAUGAAGAGCGGCAUCAAACAGGACUCAAUGGGAUCUAUUCAAAAUACGAUCGGUUGUAUAUGCCCAUCAGUAUUUUUAUUGCCCAAAUGUCACAAUUCCUUCUAAUUGAAGCCCUCUCUGCUCAAGGAAAUUUGGAGUCUGUGUGGCGAGGGAUGUGGACAAUGUUUAGUCCAUGGCUUUGCCCUAUUCCCGUGUCUGAGAUCCGAACAGCGCAAUGGAUCCAAGAUCUGGCCUCAAAUAAUCGUUUCCUUCUCCCAUGGACUCUGGAAGAAUCGCCUCAAGCUGUUUUUGUAGCCGACAUGUUCGUACUGUUGUCCCACGAUAUCGGUCUUGAAUGCAAAGAAUUCACCAAGAUCCUUUCGUUGUUGUGGCAAAUGUACUGCCAGAAGUUUGCCCUUCUUUCAUCGUCGUCAGGAUCUGGAGUCAAAGACCACAUUUUAGAAGUGAUUCAAGCUGCUUUGAUCAAGUUGCCUUGGAACACGUUCUCGCCCACCAGAGUGGAUUUUCAGCUGAUGGUGAAUCUCAAGGAUUGUGAUAUCAUGAUUACUCAUUCUUUCGUUGGAAAGAUCUUCACUCAAAUCGCAUGGAAAAGGUUCUUGGCCAAGAACUCGCCCUGUCUUUCGCUCAUUAUGAAGGAUUUCAUCUCUGUUUUCCUGUGGGUUCGCUUCGGGCCAGAUUUCCGACAAAAGAAUAUCGAUUUACUCCGCAUCUGCUUGGCCUUCAAAGACACGCCAUCCUUGCAACAAAUGCCCUUACCAGAUUACAAGGAAUUGUUGCUCUUAUUUGUUACUAGAGUGGACUCCAAAGCUAUUACUCACAUUUUCGACGACGAGAGUAUUGAUGGGAACAUGAUUAGAUUCUUCAAUUGUUCCGGUGGUUCCCCGGGUAGUACGUCUGAUGAAGAAUUGCGUACCAAAUCCAUAGAAUUGGCCACAAACAUUCUUAAGCUAUUCGACCAUUGCUUUAAGAAGUACCCCAAAUUCAUCCAAGAGCAUAAGGUUGAACUGGCCACUGGGUUUCAAUGGUUGUUGGCUCUAGUCGAGCAUCAAUGGAAACCAAGCGAAGGAUUGGAAGACGCUGAAGGUCAUUUUGCGGCUAUUACGCUGAAAGAAAUCCUGCUGAUUUGUCUGGAAACAAAUUCCAACCUUGCCAAAUUCAUGCUACCCGAAUUGAGCCAUUACCAAAGAUCCAUGCAAUCCAGUUCCAUGACCAAGAUCGCCGUCUUAAAAUUUGCCGGCGAACUCACCGAGAGUUCCAGCUCUCUCUCUUUGGCAACGGUUUUCGAGUCUUGCAUUAUUGGACUGUGGGAAACGGGUCAAGUGAAGUCUUGGUGGGACGUGGCCUCGCAACUGGAGCAAACUUGGCCUACUUUGGAUUCGAAACGUGACUCCAUGCUUUUGAAAUGUUGCUUGGAAGAAGGUUUAUGCAAACAAUUGGUUUUGCGAACGGUCUUAAUUACAUUUGGAUCCGCGGACAAUGGCUCAUCAAAAGCGUUUGAAAUCGCCAUCAAAUGGAUGCGUACCAUUCAACUCACAUCAUUAAGCAACGAGGAUUUUGCUCUUCUUCUGUGGAUCCUCCUUUACUUACUCGAUAACAUUAAGAGAGAGUUAGAUGACCGUGAGGAAAGAAAGGACGAAAAGUCUGAGUCAAAAGACUUAUCCAUUCUUGUGAACGACCUAAUGGGAUUCCUUUAUGCUGUGGUUGAACCCUCGCACGGAUAUUCGACUCAACUCAUGAAUGUGUUCGGGUUGAGUACGGUUUCCUCCUUCAAGCCAUUACCCGUCAUGUGCUUGGUAUUCUAUUCGGUGCUCCAAGUUUUAUAUAGGUUUCAAAGUUCCGCCCCCAAAAAUAACGUGGCAAUACAUUCGAACCCGCGAGAUCCAAUUUUCAAUUCGGUAAUGACGUCUCUGAAUGGUGAAGAACGCUAUCGGGAUCUCAUGGAAUGGAUCCAACCAUAUCUUCCUCCCAAGACUGCCUCUGGGAUUGCUGACGAACCUUCGGGACCAAAGACGACUAAUGCCCCCUGUCCACAAAUUCUACACCAAUGGUUCAUAACUCUUUGCCAGAAAGCUCUUAUAACCAAUGGGAGUUUGUUCGUUUUCCGAGAAGAUAAAGCUUAGAAAACACGCACAACUGACAUGACGCUUCCCCUGAUUCUGAAUGAAAAAAAAUGAUAUUUCCAAUUCAUUCCUUUCAUUGAACAAGGAUGAAAAUAAACGAUACUAAUACGAAAAUAACCUAAAUAAAUAAACAACAAGGAUGAGCAAA